AUGCCAGAAACCUGGAACGAAGCAAUAAUUAUACCGCUUCAUAAGAAGGGUGAUAAAACUGAAUGUAGCAACUAUAGAGGGAUAUCCCUUCUGAAUUCAGUGUACAAAGUUUUCUCCAAAAUCCUAUUAAACCGUUUGACACCGUAUGCAGAAGAAUAUUUAGGAGAGUACUAUAUACCCGGAACGGGGGCAAUAAAAAAAAAUCAUAACAUGCAGCGUAAAUUCAAACAACGAUCAAUCCAUCUGAUAGUCCAACAAGCGAGCAGGUGGUUUCCUCGUCCGUACUGGCCUGGCGGUUGCGACUACGACUUCCUCAUCGACCUCAUGUCGGACAGCUCGUACUGGCUCGGUGGUCGUGACUACGUCUUCCUCAUCGACCUCAUGUCGGACAGCUC